AUGUCUCCGCUUAUGGCGACCGGUUACAAACGCCCCCUGGAACGGGGUGACAUAUGGGAUGUGAACCCAGAUCGAGCCGUUGAGCCGCUGACUUUAAAACUUAAAGAGUCCUUUCAAAGGCGCGUCAAAAACGGCGAAAAGAAACCUCUCCUAUGGGCUCUCGUCGAAACGUUUCGAAUCGAAAUCUGGCUUGGUGGAUCUUGCGCCUUAUUUACUUCGAUAAUACAGGUCGUCAACCCCUUUACUCUUCGUUAUCUCAUUCGAUUCGCUACCGACGCCUAUGUCGCCAGUGUGAACAAUGAACCUGCACCACCCAUCAAAAAUGGCGUCGGUCUCGCUAUUGGGAUUGCAGCAAUGCAAGUCUUGCAGGCCUUGGGUACUAGCCAGUUUUUUUUCCGAGGCAUGAUGAUUGGAGGUCAGAGCAGAGCUGUCUUGAUGGGGCUCAUCUACGAGAAGGCCAUGGUCAUCUCUGGCCGGGCAAGGGCCGGCACAACUAAAGCAUCCGUGUCGCUUGAAACGGACGACAAAGAAAAAGAGGGGGCAUCCAAAGAUGAAUCUACUGCCCAAGAAAAGCCUGUCAAGGUUAACAAGAGCGGCAACAAGUCGAAAAGGGGGAAACCAGAAGACGACGGAAUCGGUUGGGCCAACGGCCGUAUCGUCAAUCUCAUGAGCGUCGACACUUACCGUAUUGACCAGGCCGCGGGCAUGUUCCAUGUGAUUUGGACCUCGCCCAUUGUCUGCCUCAUCACGUUGGCCCUGCUUCUUGUCAACUUGACCUACAGUGCAUUGGCAGGUUUUGCUCUUCUCGUCAUUGGAGUUCCAGCGUUAACAAAGGCUAUCCAAUCUCUGUUUCGUCGCCGCAAGGCGAUCAACAUCAUUACAGAUCAGCGUGUCUCUCUAGCACAGGAAAUUCUUCAGUCCGUCCGCUUCGUCAAGUUUUUUGGGUGGGAAAAAGCCUUCAUCGCACGCUUGAGCGAGUUGCGGGCCAAGGAAAUCCACUCAAUCCAAGUUUUACUCUCUAUUCGAAACGCCAUCAAUGCAGUCAGCAUGACGUUGCCGAUCUUUGCGUCAAUGCUUUCCUUCAUCGUUUACUCCGUCACAAGCCAUGGCUUGGCCCCGGCCGAGGUGUUCUCAUCUCUGGCUCUUUUCAAUGGCUUGCGCCUCCCACUCAAUUUCCUCCCAAUCGUCUUGGGCCAGGUAACGGAUGCUUGGUCCUCCAUGAAACGAAUUGAAAACUUUCUGCUGCAGGAGGAGCAGGAGGAGCCCGCUAUUUACAGAGAAGAAGGUGAACAUGCGGUUGAGAUGAUUGACGCUCAAUUCACCUGGGAGAAAACUGCUGCACAAGAUGCCGAUAAGGGCGCACUCGCUGGCCCUGGCAAGCACAAGAAGCCCGCCAAGGGCGCCGUCCAGUCCAAGCCCACAAAAUCACAGGAUGCAAGCCGCGAUUCAGGCGAGGAUUCGGCGAGCACGUUGGUCGAUGAGCCUGAGCCAUUCAAGCUGCAGGGUCUCAAUUUCCAAGUUGGACGGAACGAGUUGGUCGCUGUGAUUGGAACCGUGGGAAGUGGGAAGAGCUCUCUACUUGCCGCUUUGGCUGGCGACAUGCGAAAGACGAGUGGUUACGUGAUAUUUGGCGCCUCUCGAGCCUUCUGCCCCCAGUAUGCCUGGAUUCAGAAUGCGACAUUUCAAAAUAACAUCACGUUUGGGAAAGCCAUGGAUCGUGACUGGUACCGAGAAGUAAUCAGAGCUUGUGCUCUGCAAGCCGAUCUGGACAUGCUACCAAACGGAGAUCAAACCGAAAUUGGCGAGAGAGGCAUUACAGUAUCCGGGGGUCAGAAACAGCGUCUCAACAUUGCUCGCGCCAUCUAUUUCGAUGCCGACAUUGUUCUCAUGGACGAUCCUCUUAGCGCCGUGGAUGCGCAUGUUGGCAGACGCAUUUUCGAUAAUGCCAUUCUAGGUCUUUUGAAGGAAAAGUGUCGCAUCCUGGCAACCCAUCAAUUGUGGGUUCUCAAUCGAUGCGACAGGAUUAUCUGGAUGGACGCUGGCAAGAUCCAGGCCAUUGACACGUUUGAUAAGCUUAUGCGGGACCACGAGGGGUUUCGAACUCUCAUGGAAACAACGGCAGUCGAGAAGAAGCAGGAGGAACUUGAAGUCGUCGCCCCAGCGGGUCUCGCCGAUGAACGUAAGAAGCGCAAAGCAAACAAAAAGGGGGCUGCCUUGAUGCAACAGGAGGAGAUGGCCCAAGCCAGUGUGCCUUGGUCUGUGUAUGGAGCAUAUGUCCGCGCAUCGGGCUCGAUACUGAACGCUCCAUUGGUUGUUAUCCUCCAGAUCGUCUUGCAAGGCGCCAACAUUGCCACUAAUCUCUGGCUGUCCUGGUGGGUAUCGGACAAGUUCGGGUUUUCCACCGCCCAGUACAUUGGCACCUAUGUCGCCCUGGGCGUUGUCCAGGCUCUCUUCACGUUCAUGUUCUCGGUCUAUCUGUCCAUGCUUGGUACAAGGUCCAGCAAGGUCAUGUUGCGAGACGCAGUUCAGAGGGUGCUGCGAGCGCCCAUGUCCUUUUUCGACACCACUCCGCUUGGUCGCAUCACCAACCGCUUCUCUCGCGACGUCGACGUCAUGGACAACAACCUGACAGAUGCCAUCAGGAUGUACUCGUUCACAAUUUCAAUGGUGAUGGCUGUUUUCGUUCUCAUUAUCGUAUACUUCCACUGGUUUGUCGUCACCCUUGUUCCGCUGUACACCCUGUUUGUUCUUUCCGCGUCGUACUAUAGGGCGUCUGCCCGCGAGGUUAAGCGAUUUGAAUCUGUCAUGCGAUCCAAUGUCUUUGCCAAGUUUGGUGAAGGCCUCAGCGGAGUGGCGUGCAUCAAAGCCUACGGUCUCCAAACCAGGUUCAUCAAGGAGCUGCGCGAGUCAAUCGAUGAGAUGGACAGCGCGUACUUCCUCACGUUCUCGAAUCAGCGAUGGCUCUCCGUUCGGCUGGACAUGGUGGGCGUUGCUCUGACGUUUACGGUAGCCAUUCUGGUGGUAACUUCUCGUUUCAGCGUCAACCCAUCGAUUGGUGGCCUCGUCCUAAGCUAUAUCUUAUCCAUUGGGCAACUGAUGCAGUUCUCUAUCCGCCAGCUGGCGGAAGUCGAAAAUGGCAUGAAUGCGGUCGAACGUCUGCAGUACUACGGGACGGAACUGGAAGAGGAAGCACCGCUGCAUACAGUAAACGUCCGCGAGAGUUGGCCCGAAAAGGGAGAGAUUAUUUUCGACGACAUCCGUAUGCGUUACCGCGAGAACCUGCCUCUGGUUCUGCAAGGGCUGUCGAUGCAUAUUCGAGGGGGAGAGCGCGUCGGCAUCGUCGGCCGUACAGGCGCUGGCAAGAGCUCAGUCAUGAGCGCCUUAUUCCGGCUGGUGGAAAUAUCCGGUGGUGCCAUCCACAUUGACGGAAUCAACAUCUCAACCAUCGGCCUCUACGACUUGCGUUCUCGUCUCGCUAUAAUCCCGCAGGAUCCUACGCUGUUCCGCGGCACAGUUCGAAGCAAUCUCGACCCGUUUGACGAGCACGACGAUCUGAAAAUGUGGUCUGCCCUUCGUCAAGCCGACCUUGUUCCUGAUGAUGCCUCAUUCAAUGACGGCACGGGCGAUCCAUCUCGCAUCAACCUGGAUAGCGUCGUUGAGGAGGAUGGUCUCAACUUUUCCCUGGGUCAACGACAGCUCAUGGCGUUGGCACGUGCUCUUGUUCGUGGGUCACAGAUUAUUGUAUGCGACGAGGCCACCUCUUCGGUCGAUCUCGAGACUGAUGACAAGGUCCAGCGCACCAUGGCCAGCGCAUUCAGAGGCAAAACACUGCUUUGCAUAGCCCAUCGUCUUCGGACCAUCAUCGGUUACGACCGCAUCUGUGUCAUGGACGCUGGCCUCAUUGCCGAGCUGGACACACCUCUUGCGUUGUGGCAGAGAGGCGGCAUCUUUAGGAGCAUGUGCGACCGCAGUGGUAUUCGGCAGGAAGAUAUUCAAGGAGCCAAGGAAGGCCUCGUCUCUGUGGAUGCCGGCAGUGGGGAGCGUUGA